ACCUGGAGGAGUGCUGGUGGGUGUUCCAGAAGUGACAGAUAGGAGAACGAGCACGGAAGUCAAAUUUCUGGUGAUGGCUCAGCAGGCCGGGGCUGGGCGCAGGUAUAUCCGGGCGUUUGUGAGCGGCUUCUUCGUGGCAGUGCCCGUAACUGUCACUGUUCUGGACCGCUUUGCCUAUGUAGCACGAGUAGAAGGAGCCUCAAUGCAGCCUUCCCUGAAUCCUGAGGGGAAUGUGACAGGGUCUGACGUGGUGCUCCUGAACCGCUGGAGUGUGAGGAACUACCAAGUACGUCGAGGUGACAUUGUGUCAGUCCUGUCUCCCAAGAACCCCCAGCAGAAGAUCAUCAAGCGGGUCAUAGCCCUUGAGGGAGACUUCAUCAAGACGCUUGGCUAUAAGAACCGCUAUCUCAGGGUCCCUGAUGGCCACUUUUGGAUCGAGGGGGACCAUCACGGCCACAGUCUGGACAGCAACAGCUUUGGACCGGUGUCUCUGGGGUUGGUCCACGGCCGUGCCUCCCACAUCAUCUGGCCACCCAAUCGGUGGCAGAGGAUCGAGCCGUCCCUCCCCCCUGAGCGGAAGCCCUUGUUGAACUGGCACGGGGACACAACAGAGGAGGAGGACUGAGGAGAGGCCUGCUCAUGGCUCUAUACAUACUGUACCUACCUACACUCUCUCUCUCUCUCUGUCAUACAGUACAUGUGAAAAUGUCAUAAUCCUUUGAUGUGGCACAGUUAUUAUAUCUCUUUGUUGAGAAGCUGAAUAUGUCAAUGGAUCAGAUACCCAUUACCCAUACAGUUGCGGCCAAAUAUAUUGGCACCCUUGCACUUUUCUUAAAUAAUUGCCUAUUUCUUAUACAAUAAGUUGAAAAAUGAAAAAUAAAGUUUGGUCACACCUUGUUUUUGGGAUAUUCAACAUUGCAGAACCUAUUUUAUUUUUGUAAAUAUAAGUUUAACAUUUUUAUUUAAAAAAUAAAGACCAAUGGCAUGGACACAAUUAUUGGCACCCCGGAGCUAGUACUUGGCUGCACAGCCUUUGUCCAAGAAAUGCUUCUUGUAGCCAUCAUGAGCUUGCUGCACAUUUCUACUGUUUUCACCUCUCGCCAUAGAUUAUGGAUAUGAUUCAGAACAGAUUGAACCUUGAACCUUUCCAGGGUGAUUUCUAUGUAUGUUUGGGGUUGUUGUCCUACUGUGGAAGACAGUUUUUGGACACUGGGUUGAACAUUGCACUCCAAAACACCCUUGAUAAUCUGCUGAUUUCAUGUCUUGCACACAUUCAAGGCGCCCAGUACCAGAGGCAGCAAAGCAACCCCACAUCAUUAUUGAACCUCCUCCAUAAUUGAUUUUAGUCGUUGGUAAACAUAGGAAGACCCCACUGCUGAAGGAGACAAGUAAGCCUGAUUGAACUUCUCAAAAACCCACCUAAACAAGGCUAACUCCUGGGGGGGAAUGCUCUGUGGACCAAUGAAACAAAAUUAGAGUUCUUUGGCAAUACAGAUCAGCGUUCGGUAUACUGGCCUCCAAUGAAGCAUUCAAUGAAAAAAGAACCCUCCCUACAAUGAAAGAUAAGGGAGGUUUGAUAAUGCUGUGGUGUUGCUUUGCUGGUACUGGGGACCUUGACCGUGCACAAUGACAUGAAAUCAGCAGAUGAUCAGGUUUGUUGUGGUCCAAUGUUCAACCCAGUGUCCAAAAGCUGGGUCUCCAUUGAAGGUUGUGUCUUCCAGCAGGACAACGACCCCAAACGCACAUCAAAAAGCACCUGGGAAUGGUUAAGAAGAGAUGUUGGACUGUUCUGGAGUGGCCAGCGAAAAAUACAGAUCUGAAUUACAUCCAAAAGAUACGGCGAGGUCCAAUAUGGCGAGCUGUUGGUAAAGGGCACCCAUCAAAUGUUGAAUAAUUACAGCAGUUUGCUUCUGAAAAUUGCUAGUAGAAAGGUACAGAACGCUCAUUGAUAGUUACAAGAAGUGUUUGUCUACAGUUAUCUUGGCCAAAGGUUGUGCAAGUACUAGCUACAGAGUGCCAAUUAUUUUGUCCAUGCCAUUUGUCUUUGUUUUCAACAUUAAAAUUGUAAAUUUGAUGUUUACAAAAAUAAAAUAGUUACGCAAUAUUGAAAAUCUAAUAAGUUGACAAAACAUUUUUUUUUAAUGUCAACUUAUUUUAGAAGAAAUAGGGAAUUAUUUAAGAAAAGUAUGAAACUGUCUGUGGCCAAUUGUAAAAAAAAAAAAAUAAUAAUAAUAAAAAAAAUAAAAUAAACAUUUUGCAACCAUGUAAUGUGAACAACUGAACGCUGAGAUAUAUAUUUGUGUGUUGUGUUAUCAGAAUUUCAGACUAGUGCAGUACCAUGUUAUUAAAUGUAUGGAAAGAUUCAACUAAAACUGGCUGGGCUUUGAAGGAGCCUGUGGCAUGAAAGGCUGACUGAAACAACCUGGAUUUAUAGAUUGAACAGUUGAAGUCGGAAGUUUACAUACACUUAGGUUGGAGUCAUUAAAACUCGUUUUUCAACCACUCCACAAAUGU